ACGUUAAACAUUUCAUAACAAAUUCAUUAGUCUGUGCAACUAAUACAAUCGGUCUAAAAACUUGUCGCAACUUGAUUGAAAUUGAAACUUGAAUCAUUUACCUAAUAAGAAAUUUAGAAAACGAAAUCCCAAAGUAAUAAAUCAGCACAGACUACACAGCACAGCAGCCGUAAACUAAGCAGCCACUUGGAGUUACAGUGUUUUAAGUACAAUGGCGCCUACAAAAAUUGAUCUAGGCACCAUAAUAAUAUUAGAUAUUGGCAGAAAUGUUUCGAUGCCGGAAGAAAAGAAUGGACAAUCAUUUUUCGAAAAGGGAAAGGAAUGUGCUGGUCGCAUCAUCGAACGAAAAAUUAUUAGCCAAGGAAAGAAUUUGUUGGGUAUAAUCUUGCUAGGGGCUAAGACAACAAACAAUACUUUAGCUGAACAAGCACCAGGAACAUGCCGGAAUAUCCAAUUGCUAACAGAUCUACAGUAUCCUACAUGGUCUAUGAUACGCAACCUUCCAGAUGUGCCCUCAAAAUCAAAAGGUAAUUGGUUUGAUGCACUCCUAGUUGCAGCUGAACAUCUAAAAAAUGGAGUGCCGGCAACGAAGAUUGUUCAAAAAAAAAUUAUAUUGAUGACCAACUUCCUAGUACCUUGUGAUACAGAAGAUAAACAAAUAAAACAAGCCAUAGCUGGUUUUCAAGAGGAAGGUUUUGAAGUUGAUAUCAUUGGACCAGAUAUUUAUUCAGAAGAAAAUGACAACAAUGAUGUAGAACUGGCAAGACUCUUUGUUGAAGAAACCAAAGGAGCAACAGCCACAUUUGAUUACACUAUGAGAUAUUUACUCUUCCAUAAAAAGAAGGCUACUAAUGCCAUACCAUGGAAUGUAGAUUUAAGUAUAGGCCCAAAUAUUAAAAUACCUGUUUCAGCUUAUAUAAGAAUUAAAGAUGAACCAGUCAUCAAAAAAUGGAAUACAGCAAUCAGAAAUCCUGUCACUAACACAGCCAGUUCUUCUGAAGGCAUUAAGAAAGAAAAGGUCCAUAUUAACGCAGAAGAUCAAACUACAGUUGCUGCUGAUAAUAUCAUUAAGGGAUAUGAGUAUGGACAACAAAUCAUACCAUUUUCAGACUGUGAUAAAAGUAUGCUCUAUGAUCCAGGGCAGAAAUCCUUAAAAGUAUAUGGUUUUACUAAAUCCAGCAACAUAACAUGGCAGAACCUAAAUGGAGAUGGAUUGUCAUACGUUUUUGCUCAAAAACGUAAUAAAAAAGCACAAUAUGCUCUAAGAUGUUUAGUUGAAUGCCUUCUGGAAUUAGAUUUAGUAGGGAUUGUUAGAAGAGUUUAUAAUAAUGGAAAUGCACCCAAAAUGUACGCUCUCAUGCCUGUUAUAGACACAAACAACUUUGUCUGUUUAUCAAUGGUUGGGUUUUGCUAUAAGGAUGAAAUCAAAAAUAUGGCGUUCCCUGUUACAAAUAUUAAAAAAUAUGCUUGUAAUAAUGAACAAGUUGAGUGUUUUAAAGAACUGAUCAAAGCUAUGGACUUAACAACAGCAUAUGAGGAAUCAGAGUUUGAUGAUACUGAAGCUUUCCCAAUAGCUAAAAUGGUCAGCCCAUCUGCUCAGUAUAUUUUAGAUUGCAUAGCUUACCGAGCCAUGAAUCCUGGAAAACCCCUACCUCAACCAAGGGAUGAUAUUGUUAUGUUAUUUAAAAUACCACCAUUAAUAGAAAAGAGGUCUAGAGAAGUUACAGAAAAAUUAAAGAAAUUAUUUGUUUUGAACAAAGUGGAAAUUAAGAAGAGAGAUAAAAAGAAAAAUCACUCAAUGGAUAUGGAUGAUUAUCAAAACCAAUCUUCAACAUCCAAUGCUGAUGUCACAAUGGGAGAUUUACCUAAAAUUGAUCUUAAAACGCUCAAGAGACCAGAUAGUAUUCAGAGAAUAGGUACAAUGCAUCCAAUAAACGAUUAUGAUAUUCUCAAACAGGGGGGGAAGACAGUGAGUGAUCUUGCUACACAAAUGACUGAAGCUAUUGAAAGUAUGAUACAUGGCAACUUAGAUGGAAACUUUAGUAAAGCUCUUGAUGCAAUGAUGCAUUUCAGAAAUGAAUGUCUUAAAACUGAACCAAAGCUAUACAAUGAUUGGCUUAAAAAUUUCCAAACGGAGCUCACCAAUCGCAAAAGAAACAAUGUUAUAGAAACGUUAAAUGAAAAGAAAUUAAACUAUAUUUUACAAAGUGAAAAUAGUUUAAGCACUGUUAAAUCAUAUUCUUGUGAUGACAGUCAGUUGUACGAAAAUGAUACAGAGCCUAUGUUGACUGAAGUCAAUAUAAGUUCAGAAGUCAAUGACCUUUUUGAUAACAUGUAAAAGUAUUUGUACUUGGAGAUAAUUGAUUGAUUGUUAAUAAUAAUUAUUUUAAUUACUGUUCCUUUUACAAGGCUUAAUGUUAAU